ACUCUUCCUUCACUCUUCCUUCGUUUUCUAUAUCUGCUUCAGCGUAGAAAUGCCCAAACCUGCAGAAAAGCUAGGCGCUUGAACUGAAAAGAAAUGGAACUAGUCACAAAAUUUUCACUUCUCUUUUCCCUGCUGGUAGCGGCACAAUCUACAUGCACCACUAAAGACCACGCACUGCUUUCCAAAGCUUUCAAAUCAGUCUCUGGGUUCAACGCCUCUUUGUUGAACUGCUCGUAUCCUCAAAUAAAGGUAUUGAAUCUCUCUUCGAAGGGUUUAACCGGUACAGUUUCAUGGAAAUUUCUCAGCAACGUUUCACACUUGAACACCAUUGAUCUAUCCAACAAUUCCCUUCAAGGUUCUGUUCCCGGUUGGUUCUGGUCCAUGCCUUCACUCCUCGAUGUCAAUCUGUCGAGGAACAAGUUCGGAGGGAGCAUCAGGUUCGAACCCACCUCAGGAAAUAUCUCGUUUUCGCCGGUUCGGGUGCUGAACCUCUCGGCUAACAGGUUCACCAAUUUGGUUAAACUCUCUGGUUUUCCCGGCCUUGAAGUUCUUGAUCUUUCCCACAAUGAUCUUGGUGUUCUUCCUUACGGAUUCGUUAAUAUUAACAAGCUCAGGCACUUGGAUGUUUCGAGUUGCAAGAUUGCAGGCAGUGUAAAGCCUAUUUCAGCUCUUCGUUCAUUGAAUUACUUGGAUGUAUCGGAAAACUCCAUGGAUGGUACUUUCCCUUCCGAUUUCCCAUUAGUCAAUAGCUUGAAGUUUCUCAACGUUUCGUUCAACCACUUCAACGGUUCAGUUGGGUUUGACAAGUUCCAAAGAUUUGGGAAAUCUGCUUUUAUUCAUGCUGGAAAUUUCGUCUUCAAUACUUCAAGAAAAGCAUCGAGCAAUCACAUCAAACCCCAUUUCUUGAAAAAACAGUUACCCAUAAAAAGCCAGAAGAAAAAACAUAAACCCAAAGCUUUGGUCAUUGGUUUAUCGUGUUCAUCUGGGUUUCUACUUGCUUCCCUUGCGUUCUGUAUCUUCUUCACAUACAGGAGAAAGAAAUUUUCAAGGAUAAAAAACAAAUGGGCUAUCUCCAACCCGGUUCAACCAAAUUUCAAGAUGGAAAAAUCAGGGCCGUUCUCUUUCGAGACGGAAUCCGGUUCAUCUUGGGUCGCGGACAUCAAAGAACCGACGUCGGCACUUGUCAACAUGUCAUCGAAGCCGUUGAUGAACUUCUCCUUCAAGGACUUGAUCGCCGCCACGUCUCGUUUCGGGAAGGAGUCGCUAAUGGCGGAAGGCCGGUGUGGGCCACUUUACAGAGCCAUCCUCCCCGGGGACCUACACGUGGUGAUCAAAGUUCUAGAACACGCCAGAGACGUCGAUCAUGAUGAAGCCGUAGCCAUGUUUGAAGAUCUUUCUAGGCUUAAACACCCUAACCUAUUACCUCUCUCCGGCUACUGCAUUGCAGGUAAGGAGAAGCUGGUGUUAUAUGAAUUCAUGGCGAACGGGGAUUUACACCGGUGGUUACACGAGCUGCCGACGGGGGAGCCCAACGUGGAGGAUUGGACCACCGACACUUGGGAUGUUAUAGGGUCCCAUUCUUCUUCGCCGGAGAAAACAAACUGGCUGACUCGCCACCGUAUCGCGGUUGGAGUUGCUCGUGGGCUGGCUUAUCUGCAUCAUGUGGGGUCCAGCCAUGGCCAUCUGGUGGCUUCUAAUGUUCUGCUCUCCGACAAUCUGGAACCUCGAAUAUCCGAUUUCGGGAUAAGAAACAUCGGCUCUAAAAAAGAGAGGGAUAAGAAGGGCGAAUGCGAUGUGGAAUUCGAUGUUUAUUGCUUUGGUGUUGUUUUGUUGGAGCUUUUGACGGGGAAGCAAGGGACAGAGGAGAAUGUGAAGCGGGUGAGGAGGUUAGUGAAGGAGAGAAAUGGGGUGGUGGCGCUUGACUCGAGGUUGAGACUCGGUGGUGACUCGGAGGCUGAGAUGGUGGAGAGCCUCCGUGUUGGGUACUUGUGUACAGCAGAAUCGGCUGAGAAGAGGCCCACGAUGCAGCAAGUGUUGGGUUUGCUCAAAGACAUACAUCCGGCGGUAACGGUGUAAAGGUAAAACCCACGCUAAGACAACUCUUUUGGGGGUGAUUUUCACGCGCUGUUAACCAAGACCAUGCCUUGUUGUCUCUCGAAUUUUAGAUUUUUUUCUUGCUUUUGUGAUGCGUAUAAGGACA